GAGCUAAGAGCAGUCGUGGGGACAGGGACGGGCUUGACCCUGUGCCUGGGUGUCCCCUGAUUCCUCCUUGGUGGCCGAGGUCUCGGCGGCCGUCCCCUGACACUGACCUGCUCAGCGCACCCCCUGCCCCACCUCCCCUCACUGGCUGGAGGGUCCCCCACCUCUCAGCCCCGAGGGGCAGGGGGACCAGGUGUCAUGGUCACCUCCCUGAGCCCAGGUGCUGCCCCUGGGGCACCCCUGGCCGGUGCGCCCUCUCCCAGCAAGAUGGCGGGGUACCCCACAGACCUGACCCUGCGGCUGCUGGCCGUGCGGACGAGGAGUGGACAGCCAGACCCCCAGCUCCAGGGCGUCCUGAGGAGACGCCUCAGACUGCUGGAGGGUGACAGCCGGGAGGUGGCCCUGGCUCUGGGGGAGCUGUCUGCCCGGCUGCUGUCCAUCCACAGUGACCAGGACCGGCUGGUGGUGAGCUUCAAGACCUUUGAGGAGGUCCGGAAAUUCUCCAUCUACCACGACCUGGGCCUCACACACAGCUGUCUGGAGGGUCUGCUGGUGGAUGAAGCCUUCUGGCUGGAGCCUCUGCAGGGGGCUGAGACAGCUGCCAUCAGGGUGCUGGUGGACCAGGAAGCCCUGAGGCUGAUGCAGGAGAGCCUGUUGGUCCAGGAUGGGUCCUACUUCCUCCUUACGGCUGACCACCAAGUGCGCUUGGCCGCCGGCCCCCUUGGUACAGAUGUGGCCUUCCGGGACCCCAGGAGGACUGUGGGGGCCGCACAGGGAGAGGAGACACCCCCAGCGGCCGCCCAGCCCCCCAGCCCCUGCACACCCCCCGAGGAGGCCCCGCGGCUCCUGGCACCCUUCCAUCAGAUGAGGUGCUUCCUGGCUGCCAGGGAAGGAUGGAAACUCACCCCCCAUGUCCCAUGGACCCAGCUGGGUGGCGGGCCCCCUGCACCGUUCCCUGUACCCUCCAGGUGGGCACUCAGGGGCCCCUGGGACCCCCUCGAGGACCUGCUGGGUGAGCCUGAGGCUCCGGGCACCCUGGAGCUGGCUAUGGGCCUGGCCACCGCACUGACUGACUGCCAGGCCUCGGCCCCCGAGGACGUGAGCUUCUGGGCGGGUGACCAGCUGGAGUUGCUGGGCGUCCAGGUGCCCGGCCUGGCCUGGUGUCUCUGUCGCCACACGGCCUCGGGCCAGGUGGGCUUCGCAAGGACAAGUGACUUCCGGGCCCAGAGCCUCAUGACAGCGCCACACGAGGACAUCUUCCUCAGUGAGGAGGAGCACUGCUUCUUCAGCAAGGAGGCCAGUUUCACACAAGAGGACGCCCAGCGGCUGCUGGCCAGGACCUCGGGCGAGGUCACAUCCCUGCAGUACACGCUGGACAGACUGGAAUUGGGUGAAACGGAGCCCCAGGAAGAACAAGAAACGCCCCCCGCUGGCCUGCGCCCGGACCCCCAGGAGACCCUGCAGAGGGUGAGGACCGUCCUAGAGCGCUGCCAAUCCCGCUGGACGCGGCCAGAGGAGCCGGAACCCUGGGGCCUCCCCCCUGCGCCUGCCCCCAGCUCGCCCGACGCUGAGGAGCCCCCCUUCCGGCUGGACGCAGAAGCCGACUGGACGUCCCCCGAGGCCCUGGGGCCCCUGGACGCACCCGGGUGCCUGGCUGGCUUCCGCGGGCUGUACGCGCUGUGCCCGCGGGCGCUGGGGGCCGCCUUCCCGGGCCUGGACGACCGGCGACUGGCGGAGGCGCUGGCGCGGGCGCGGGUGACGGCCAAGCGGGCGGGGCUGGGCAUGGCGCGGGCACGGCUGUGCUUCCUGCUGGGCGCCCUGUGUCUGCGCGGCCUCAAGCUCUCGCAGGCCCGCGUGUAUCUGGACGAGGCGCUGGCCGCGCUGGCCGGACGGCCCGGGGACCCGGGGCUGCUGGCGGCCGCCUACGCCGGCCUGGCCUGGGUGCUGCUGCGGCAAAGGAACGCCGCCCGGUGUGCCCGGGUGCUGCCCAAGGCCUGGGCACUGCUGCUGGGCCUGCCGGGCCUGCGGGGGUGGCCCGCGCCCCGCGCCCCGCUCCUCGCGCUGGCCCUGCGGGCCGCCGUGGCCGCCGGCAGCCGCUGGGCCGAGACCCGGGCCUGCUUCCUGCUGGCCGCCCACCACCUGGACGCCGGGCAGCCGGAGCGGGCGAGGCCAUUCUUGGAGCGGCUGGUGCUGCUGGUGCCCGUGGGGGACCCGCCCUGGACUGCUGGUGCCUUCCUGCUCCUGGCGGCCACCUACGGCCGCGAAAGCCUGCCUCGCCUGGCCCUGGCGUGUCUGCGGGCGGCCUCCCUGCGGGCCCCCCGCCCGCUGCCCGCAGCCCUUCGCGGCCUGGCCCUGGCCCUGGAGCACGGCCCGCCCGCCCACGCCGCCCCCUUCCUGCGGGAGGCUCUGGACGCCGGCCCGGGGCGGCCGCUGACCGGGGCUCUCUGUGCCAGCCUGGCCAGGCUGCAUGCCCAGCACGGGCAGCUCGGACGGGCCGUGGCCUUCACCGUGAGGGCGGCCGAGGCCGAGACCAGCGUCCGGCGGGCCGUGGACCACCUGACAGCCCUUGCCCAGCUGCUUGUGCUCAGUGGGCGCAGCCCGGGGGCCCUGGACAUCCUGGAGGCCGUCCUGGAGGCGGCGGUGGCCAGUGAGGACCAGGAGGGCGUGGUGGCCAACAUGCUGGGCAUCGCCCUGGCGCGGACAGGCCGGACGCAGCGGGCGGCAGAGAGCUACUACAGAGCCCUGCGGGCCGCACAGACCCAGGGCCGGCGGCGGGAGCAGGCGGUGGUGCUGGCCAACCUGGGGGCCCUGUACGAGCGCGGGGGUGCCGUGCGGCUGGGUGCCCACUGCCUGCAGGAAGCCGUCUGGCGCUUCUCGCGGCUGCCGGGUGCGGGGGCCGGCCCCGACUUCAGUCACGUCCUCCUGCGGCUUGGACGCCUCCUGGCCCGCCGGGGCCUCGUCCGCCGUGCCCAGUGCUAUCACGAGUGGGCCCUCCUGGUGGCCCUGGACUCCGGCCACCUACACAGCCAGCUGCAGAUGGUGCAGGCGCUGAGUCACUUCCACAGCGCCGUGCGGCCGGACGCCACGCAGAACCUGGUGUGCCUGGAGUUCCAGCUGGCGCUGGCCGGCCGGCUGGGGGACAAGGCGCUGGAAGCACGGCUGCUGGGCGCCAUCGGGCAGCUGUACCUGGCGCUGGGCACCCAGAGAGCCUUCCGCGCGGCGCUGGACUACACCAAGCGCGGCCUGGCCGUGUCCAUCGACCUGCGCGACAGGGCCCAGGAGGCCCGCGGCUGGCUGACCGCCGGGCGGCUCUACUAUGGCCUGCGGCAGGGCGAGCUGGUGGACCUGUACCUGCAGGUGGCCCAGGACGCAGCCCUGUCCACGGCUGACGCCCACCUGGCGCUGGAGGUGUUCGAGGCAGCUGGAGACAUCUUCUUCAAUGGGCGCUGGGAGCGGGAGAAGGCCGCGUCCUUCUACAGGGACCGGGCCCUGCCCUUGGCCGUGAGCACGGGCAGCCGGGAGGCCGAGCUGCGACUGUGCAACAAGCUGGCGGCGCUGCUGGCGGAGCUGGACACGCCGCGGGAGGGGCUGGAGUUUGCACACGGCGCCCUGGCCCUCAGCGUCAGCCUGGGGCACCAGCUGAACGAGCGAGUGGCCUGUCACCGCCUGGGGACCCUGCACCGGAGGCUGGGCGAGGCAGAGCUGGCCGAACACUUCCUGCUCCGGGCCCUGGCGCUGGGCUCCUGGCCGCUGCAGCCGCCGGAAGACUCUCUCUACUACCUCCGGGCCUACCGGGUGCUGGGAGACCUCAUCUUCCACGAGCUCAAGGACCCCCUGGACGCGGCGGGGUACUACCAGCUGGCGCUGGCGGCUGCCGUGGACCUGGGCAGCAAGCGGGCACAGGAGCAACUGUGCUGGCGCCUGGCCGCCGUCCACCACCACUUCCUGGGUGACCGGGCCGCCUCCCUGGCCUUCUACCGGCAGGCCCGAGCCUUUGCCAGCGAGCUCCGGGAACGGCGCGUCUGCGGGAGGGCCCCCUGGACGGUGCCUGGGCCCCCACCCUGAGGCCGCGCUCACCCACCCACCCCAGGGUCUGGCACCCAUCCACUCCGGGGCCCGGGACUGACUGGCACCCACAUAUCUGGGGGCUCAGUGCCCACCUGCCCCAGGGCCUAGUGCCACCCAGGGUCCCGGCACACUGGCGCCCACCCACCCAGGGGUCAGUACUCACCUCCAGGCUUGACAGCCACCUACCAACAUGCCUAGCACCCACCUACCCAGAGUCCCAGCAUAGACUGGCACCCACCUAGGGGGUCCGUGCCCACCCAGCCCAGGACCUGGCACCCGGGCUCCCAGCAGCCAUCUACCCCAAGGCCUGGCACUUACCCCAAGAUCUAACGUCCACUCACCCAGGGUCCCAGCACAGACUGGCACCCACCCACCUGGGGGUUCAGUGCCCACCUACCCUAAGGCCCGGCAAUCACCGACCAGAGGACCCAGCACCCACCUACCCACCCACCCACCCCAGGGCCUGAUGCCUACCCACUGGAAGACUCAGCCCCCCCCCCCCAGACCCUGUACCCACUCACCUGCGGGCUCCCAGCAGAAGUCUGGCCCAUACACGCUCAUCUGUGUGGGAAACUGGACUCGGGGAGGUGGUCCACGGUCUCCCUCCGGUGCUAUGUGGCCCCAGCUUGGCCAGCCCUUCAGGAAACAUGGAGUCCGCUGUGGGGAUGGGGUGUCCCCAGGGCAGGAGUCCCAGGCCGCAGUCCUCUGUUUGCAGCUGGGGAAACUGAGGCAGGGUGCUGUGGUGUCCCGGAGACCUUCACCCGCUCAGGCCAGCUCUGGUACCCCUCCUUCCUGCCCCCUUCCUCCUUUCCUCCUUUUCUUCUCCUCCUCCUCCUCUCUCUCUCUCCUCCCACUCCUCCUCCUCACAUGGACCACAGAACUCAAUACAACUGGCCUUUGCCGCCUCA